CUCAAACCCAGUUAGAAGAUAAGAAGAGAUGUAAAGUAAACAAAAAGAAUCAAAGAAAAACAAAUGGUGUUCUUUUAGAAAACAAUAUAGAAGAUAUAGUUAAAAAUAAAGUGAAUCCUA